UCGUCAAUAAGCUCCAUCGCGCGAAGCCUCAAACUGACGCGGCGGGUUUGCGCUGUCGUCGUUUGGACGGGAUCUAUUUCGCUCAUCGUGCCGACGACCCGCAUUAACGUUCAAUCGGUCACGGCGGCGCCAGCCAAUGAAAGGUGAGCACGAGGAGAGGAGGAGAACGCAGCUGCCAGACGCGGAGGACGAAGAUGACGAGGAGGAGGAGGAUGGAGCGCCGUCAAAGUUGAGCAAACGCUGAACGCCGCGAGACGGACAUGGAGACUUCUCCCACUUCGACCCACUUUUGAGAUCCGCGCAAAACAAGAACGAAAGGAAGGAAGGAAGGAAGGAAGAGGAAGGAAAGAAAGAAAGAAAAAAAGAAAGAAAGAAAGCAAGCAAGCAAGCUCCACUUUCAAGCGGAACCCGCCGCGAUGGACCGAGCGCCGAGUCCUCCUCCGAAAGCGAGCCAGCACGAGCCCAUCAGCUUCGGCAUCGACCAGAUCCUGGGAGCCGGCACCGAGUCCGACGGCGGGCCCGCCAGGCGACGCCACGUGAGCGGCGGGGACGCUCGCUACGGCUCGGCGAGCCCGCCCGGUUGCGGCGCGCCCUCCUACGCGGAGGCGCCGGGCCCGUACGGCGAGAGAGGGAGCGCGGGGGCCCGGGGCGUGAUUCGCGUGCCCGCCCACAGACCGCCGCCGGCGCCGGGCCCGCAAUCGCCGCUUCAGAGCGCCGUGCCCGGCUUCGGAGGCCUGUGCUUCCCCUGGAUAGGGAACCGCUUCGCCAAGGACAGAAUAUCCGCGGCUCUGGUUCCGUUCUCGGUGACGCGGCGGAUAGGCCACCCGUACCAGAACCGGACGCCCCCCAAAAGGAAAAAGCCCCGCACGUCCUUCUCCAGGGUGCAGAUCUGCGAGCUGGAGAAGCGCUUCCAUCGCCAGAAGUACCUGGCCAGCGCCGAGAGGGCCGCCCUGGCCAAGAGCCUCAAAAUGACCGACGCGCAGGUCAAGACCUGGUUCCAGAACCGCAGAACCAAGUGGAGGAGGCAGACCGCCGAGGAGCGGGAGGCGGAGCGCCAGCAGGCCAACCGGCUGAUCCUGCAGCUGCAGCAGUCCGCCCUGCACAAGUCGCUGCAGGGCGACUCGGGCGCGUCCGACCCGCUGUGCGCGCACAACUCCUCGCUCUACGCCCUGCAGAACCUGCAGCCCUGGGCCGACGACGGCAGGGAAUAGACGCCCGACGCCCGAAUCGAUGAGGCCUCGUCUGCUCUUCCCAAUCGGAUGACGUCGUGGCGAUAUCACAAUAAAUGUGCCAUUGAACUUUGCUGUGUGGGAAAUUGCAAGAAAAAGCGGCGAGCGGACGACAUUUGAGUGGUGAAAUUGGAUCUUGGCACACUUUUGGGGUGAGUGACGUCAAGCACGGAGCAAAGUUGGGACGACAUUUUGCACCCUGAGACGUUUUCCCAUCCCGCCCGAAAAUAAAAGAGCCCCUCAAAGAGUCAUUCCAUCACAUAGUUAUUGUUUUUCUAUCUGCUCGUAUUAUCGUGUUUAUUACAAUUAACGGGAAAUCGAGUGUCAAUCGAAGCCUUUGACUGUAGGCUCAUUUAUGAAAAGGUUAACAGCAAGCAAGGUGGACGCGCGCUCCAAAAUGGCGUGCGCCCUUGCUGAAGCAAACAAAACUUUCAUUGAUAUAUAUAUAUUUUUAUGGUGAUGCGGCGCUUCAAGCCCAUUUGGUUACAGCCCACCAACACAAUCGCGUGCACAUGUGACAUUUGCUGCACACAAAAUGUCGCACAACAAAUUCAAUGGAAGAAAAUGAGCAGAGACGAGACUUGAUGCUAAUGAAGGUGAUGCAUGGUCAAUGUUUAUUUGUCCUCGUAAGGACGUGAAUAUGUUUGGUGUGUGGGCCACAAAAGGAUGUACAGUGUUCUUUCUUUUUUUGGGGGGGGGGUACUUUUAUUGUGUGAAUAAGAAUAAUUAUACAAUGUUUUUGUGACCAUAUUCUUCAUAAAAAGGUUUGAAGACGUGACAAAAAGAAGCAGUACUG